AUGGAAGGAGUCGUAGCACCACCGCAGCCGCCGCCACCGCCGCCAGCAGCACCACCUCCAGCACCACCGAACGAUGUUUACGAUGUCAUCAAUCAAAAGGAAUGUGGUAUAUGCCUCACGUUCCGGACGGAUCAGAUCUGCUUCGACAUGUUUAUGCCCCGGGAGGACGAUCUGAAGGAGAUACCGUAUCUGGUGUGGAAGCAUGUCGGACUGCAGUUUCCGCAGGAAACGGGAAAGCACUACGUGUGUCGGGACUGUGGGAAUGCGGUGUACGAGUUCAAUCGGUUCUACCUGAUGGUGCAGAACGUGCACCAGGAGCGGCAGGCGGCGGUGUUACAGCAGGCGAAGCAGGAACAGAGUGAACCGAGCGCGAUUGUGGAGCAAGCGGUUCAGGGCGUUAGUCAUCAGCAGAAUGGGCAUGAUGGUGAGAUGAAGCUGGAACCAGCACCGGCACAACAGCUAGAUGGGCCCGGUGGUGGUAGUGGGCACCCGGUGCAGGACGUUCCGGAGUAUGGUGUAAUGCCCGAAACAAACGGAUUGGCGGGACGGGGUAAUGGUACGGUUACGGACGGUACGGUCCAAGGGAUGGGAUCGUACCCGGGGCAGAACGAUACGGAACCGGAAAGUAGUCGAAUCCGGCCACCGGCCGGCACACCGAGCCGAAAGCGCAAGAACCAAGAGAUGGACGAGGAGAUUAUUGACUUCUACAAGCUGGUGUGUGACGUGUGCGAGGACCGCAUAGAGUAUGGUACGAUGAAGGAACUGAACCAGCACAUGAAACAGAUGCACGGUGAGGAAUCCGGCCGGGUAAGCUGUCCGCAGUGUGGCAAAAUGUUCCGGACACGGGUGAAGCUGCUCGAGCACAAACAUGUACACCUGCGUCAGGACACAACGUCCGAGGACGACGCGGAAAAGCUACAGUCCGAGCAGAUGGACAAAGAGAUAUUGGAAUUUUACAAGCGAAUCAGCUGUGAACUGUGCGACACGACCGGCGGUACACCAUCAUCGACCAGCACCCUUUACGCGACCGUCAAGGAGCUGAACCACCAUAUGCGGCUGGUGCAUGGACAGCAGGCCGGCACGGUCAAGUGUCCGCUGUGCGAGAAGAAAAUCCGUACGCGACCGAAACUGCUCGAACACAAGCGCAUGCACCAAACGCCAAACGUGCUGCUGGAGGAGGAUUCUGGCAAGUCGGGCAAUGCAGGCGGUGAGCCCGGUCCCGAGCUGACGGAAGAACAGAAGCAGACGCUAGAUAGAGAAAUAUUCGAUUUCUACAAACCAAUUAUAUGCGAGAUUUGUGAACCAGAACGUGCGGCAACAACCGGUCAGAGCGAAUCGGGACCCGUUAGGGAGGGUCAGGGAGAGGUGGCAGUGGCUGUGGCGGUGGCGACUGUGGCACCGACGGCCGAAGAGGAGUAUCGAUCGUUAAAACAACUAAAUCAGCACAUGCGGACGGUGCAUGGACUAGAAUCGGGCACAAUCAAGUGUCAGCUGUGUGCGAAAAAGUUUAGAUCGCGCGUCAAGCUGAUCGAGCAUAAGGAGAUGCACCAAAAUCCGGAACGGUUCCGGUGUGGCGUGUGCCAGGAGGUGCACCAGAACCUAGAGGAACACAUGCAAAACAAGCACCAGGAGUGGGAGUUUGCGUGUGAAGAGUGUGGCAAGCGGUUUCCGUUCAAGAAUCGGCUGACCGCGCACAUGGCGAAGGUUCACAUGAAGAAGGACAUUAUCUGUGAGGAAUGCAACAAACCAUUUACCAAGUUUAGCAUCGAAAAACACAAAAAGACGGCCCACGGUGGGGCCGGCGAGAUGUUCCACUGCAAAAGCUGCCCCAAAACGUUCAAGACGCGCGUUUCGCUCGAGCGGCACAUGGAGGGCCACAAUAAUGGGGGCGAGCAGCCUGUCGGUUCGGCCGCCGCUACCGUGAUCUGCGCGAUCUGCAACUCGGUACUGAAGGGCAUGUACAACCUGAAGGCACACAUGAAGCGCGUACACGUCGAACAAACGCCGGCCACGUGCAGUACGUGCGGCAAAACGUUCAAAUCGAAGCACAGUCUCAAUACGCACACCACGAACGUGUGCAACAUGCGACAGUUUGGCUGUACGCACUGUGGCAAGCAGUUCAAAAAGCGGACAAAGCUGAAACAACACAUGACGAUUCAUGCGCGCGGCGCCGACUAAACGCCGUCUCUUUGAUGGGGGAUGCGAUAGAUGUGGGCAAACGUCGAGAAUUAACGUAAUAAUAUUAUUAUGUAGUGUAUAGUAUGUACGUUUAGAGGGGAUUGAACCUACAACCAUAUUACGAGUGGACAGCAUCGCGAAUGGAACCGAGGACCUAUUU